AACCAACCAUCCAUCCAUCCAUCGCGUAUGUGCGUGAAUUCGAAUAAAUUAUUCGAUUUACCCUCAGCACCAGUGUAGAUGUCAUUGUUCUCUCUGUGUUUUUAAUAGGAAAAAAGCGUUUGCAUACAAGAGAAACCGAAUUUUUGUGAUAUCGGCCUGCCGUGUGUUUUUGUGUGUGUGUUGUUGUUGUCAUCGUCAUCGUCGUCGUUUUUCUCUGUUUCUGUUGACUUCUUCGUCUUCUCUUCUGUUUCUCCUGUACAGUGCAUACACAUUCAUUUGCAGCGUGUGUAUUUGUGGCCAUACUCUGUUUCAUCUCUUCUCUCGGUUUCGUCGUCAAUUUUCGUAGCUGUAAACGAGCGUUUUUGCUGCCAAUUUCUAUUGUGUUAUUGUGUUCACAUUUGUUCGCGAUUUCGAGUUGUUUUUUUUUUAAAUUUAUUUUGCAACUCUCUAUUCUAUUUGGUUUAUCGUGGUGUGUUUUUAUUUCGUUAGAUUUGUUCGGUUUCAUGGCAACUUUCUCAAAAUUCAUUUAGUUGGUUAGUUGGUGCGAUAGAUUAAAAAAGAAGGAAAAAUAAAACUAAGCGGCCAACGCCAACACCAAUCGUCACAAGUUUGCAGAAAAAAGAGAAUAUUGAAUAACGGAUGGUGCGUGAGUGUGGUGUGUUUGCCAUUUUUUCAGACAUUUUUUUCUGUUCUAUAGUUUUGUCAUACAAGUGCGUUAGAAUGAAAUGCAUCAGCAUCACCAUCAACAACAACAAGUGAAACAUUUUUUACGGUUUAAAAGCAAUAUAAAAAUAUGUGAACGUAAAACGGCGACGAAAAAAUAGAAGAAGAAGAAGAAGAAACAAAUGGAGCAGCAUCAAAUAAACAAAACAAAUGCCCGAAUAAUCAUUUAUCGAUGCAGGAUGCUUUUGUGUGAUGUGAUAAUGUUUUUGUACAUGGUAUCGUUUGUGCAAAACAAUUGAGUAUGUUUUCGUUUUCUUAAUAUUCGAACAGCGCAUCACCAUUAUUAUCAUCAUCAUCAAUUCCGCGAGAUCCGUGCGCGUUUUCUCUCUCUCUCUCUCUCUCUGUGUGUGUGUGUAUGUGUCUGUUGACGUGUGUGAGAAAUAUCAUUGGAUAUUGCAAUGCAAUUUUACGUCGAACGAACGCCAAUGAAUAUGCCAAUCAAUUACAUACCAAAGUAUGAUGGGUGAGCUCUAGAGAGCAUUUGCCCGUUUGCGAGUUGCACAACGAUAUGGAUAGUCUCCGAGUCAUUGGUUGCAUUUGUGCGUACAAAGUAACACGUUUCAAUCAUCAUUUUCGUGUCGUCAUUUGAAAAAAAAAAUAAAAAUAAAUACAAAGUGCAUGCAUCCAAAUAGUGAUAAACUUUUAAAACUAUGAAUCAAUUCACAUUUCAUUGGAAAUCAUCCUAAAUUAUAACGUAAACAAGCUCAACAACGGUGGUACCAUUUGUGAAUUUGAAAGAAAAGAGCGAGAAAAAUAGAAAGUAAAAGAGAUAAAAAAAUGUUACGAAAUGUGUUGAAAAGACAAUUGAAUCACAUGUCAUGCAACAACGCGAGGCAACCGCAUCAAAAAUCAAAGGCUGUUCUUAAACGCAUCUUAUCUGGAACUAAGCAAACACAUCAGCAGCAGCAGCAGCAAUAGUAGCCGAGUAGAGAGAGUGAUAGAGAGGAUACAACAGAAGCAACAGUCACCAAAAAUUUGGAACGAAUUUAAAGCGUUGAUUUAUUUUAAACUGACAACGGAGACCACGGCAACGACGACUACGACGACCGCAACGACAGCGGCAAAAAAAGCGACAGCAACAGCAUCAGAAAAUUUUAUCGUUGAAUUGUGUACGCUCGCGACAUAACCAUUCAAAGAAGCAGCAAGACUAGCCAAAAUGACAGAUAACAGUGAUACUGACGCUGAUAAGGCGCAGCGAAAAGAUGUGAACCAAUACACGGCCGAGAUAAAUCAGCUGAAAAAGGCGCUGGUGGAGAAUAAUUCGCAGUUGAUUGCAAUGGAAGCGGCUUGCAUACGUGAAACGGAUCGUCAUGUUGAAUUGGAGGACAGUUUAAUUGCAUGGCAGGAUAAAUAUGAACGCUUACACGAAUCGCACAAACGUGUCCAAAAGGUCAAUCAGAGUUUAGAAGAUAAACUCCUUAAAUUAGUUGAUAGAAAUGCCAGUGAACGUGCCCAGCUCACCAGUGAUGUAGCCACGCUGAGUGUUCGUCUUGCACAAGCCAAUUAUAAUAUUGGCACACUACAACGUGAAAUUGAACGCUAUAAGACUGAUAUGAGUCUGGCUAUACAAUUACUUCAAUGUAAACCGGAAAAUUUUGUAUCACAGAAAGUGACGUCGCUGCCACACGAAAUGCAAACCAAAUUAUCACAGUACAUACGCGUGGAUACGAAUUCACAUUCCGAUUCAGAGGGCAGUACAAGUGGCAUUGGUACGGCUACCGAUAAUGCAUAUCACAUUCUACCAGCCUCAGAUAGUCCAGUAUCGUCUUGUCCAUUUUCAUCAUCGACAACAACAUCAUUAGUUUAUGGCAAUGGUAAGCAAAACAUUAAGUCACAUUUUACAAACGGAAUUAUUGAAACUGAGUAG